GAAGUAUCAACGCCAUGUACUGCAACAAAAACUUUGCGUACUAUAUUUUUAAUUCUUAGUAACUUAAGGAUAAUCAAAACUUUUGUAUAUUGCGUUAGUUGUUGAGAUUGACUGUAAAGUGUAAACUGUGUGUACUGACUGUAAUGUGUAACUAUUUGUAAAGCUUCAAAUUAGUGCUUGGUGAUCUAUCCAUCACGAUUGAAUGUUGAUUCCAGUUGCUAUUCUACUUGGGUCGUUUACCUACUUGAUCUAAGUGACCAUAACAAUGUUACGGUUUCUCAGCAGAAGAGGGCGUUCUUCUAGCCAGACACGCAACAAGCAAAAUCAGAAAGCCUCUAUCAACAAAAACCUUAUACAAUGCAAGGUAAUGCUUCUCGAUGAUACUGAUUUAUCUAUUAAUCUUUCUAAAAAGGCUAGUGCUGGUGAUUUAUAUGAACAAGUAUUUUAUUCCUUAGAUUUGAUAGAGAAGGAUUAUUUUGGGUUACAAUUUACUGAUACAAAUAAUGUAAAACAUUGGCUGGACCCAACAAAAACAAUCAAAAAACAAGUAAAAAUAGGUCCGCCAUACACUUUAAGACUGAAGGUGAAAUUUUAUUCAUCUGAACCUAAUAACUUAAGAGAAGAAUUAACUAGAUACCAGUUCUUUUUACAAUUAAAAAAAGAUAUUUUAGAGAGCAAAUUAGAAUGCCCACACUCUACAGCAGUAGAAUUAGCAGCAUUGGCCUUGCAGUCGGAGCUUGGUGACUUUGAUGAGUGUAUACACACACCUGCUACUGUAUCAGAGUUCAGAUUUGUCCCAAAUCAAAGUGAAGAAAUGGAAAUUGAAAUAUUGGAAGAAUUCAAAAAAUGUAAGGGUCUUUCUCCAGCUCAAGCAGAAGUCAACUAUCUUAACAAGGCAAAAUGGCUUGAAAUGUAUGGUGUUGACAUGCACAUUGUCCUCGGCAAAGAUGGAUGUGAGUAUCAUUUAGGUUUAACUCCUACAGGCAUUCUUGUAUUUGAAGGACCGCAAAAAAUAGGAUUAUUUUUUUGGCCCAAAAUCAGUAAGCUGGACUUUAAAAAGAAGAAAUUGACUUUAGUGGUUGUUGAAGACGAUGACCAAGGUCGAGAACAAGAACACACAUUUGUUUUCAGACUUCAUAAUGAAAAAGCCUGUAAACAUCUUUGGAAAUGUGCUGUAGAACAUCACACUUUCUUCCGUUUACGAGCCCCAGUUAAAGGGCCAUCUGCCAGACAAAACUUCUUCAGAAUGGGUUCGAGAUUUCAAUAUUCAGGUAAAACUGAAUAUCAAACUACACAGCAAAAUCGUGCACGUCGAACGGUUCAAUUUGAAAGACGUCCUAGUCAAAGAUUCGCGCGGAGGCAAAGUCACGUUUUAAGAGAACGUGAAAAACAAAAUACAACAACAAAAUCUGAUACUUCCUCUCAACCAGAACCCAGUACAUCAGCUGAACCUACUGCUCCGGCCAUUGACGCUUGUCUUGAUACUUUAUCGAGAAAGAGUAGCGCUAAAUCACAGAAAUCUACUUUGGUCGAAUGUGAUACUAGACCUAUUGAAGUGGGAGAACCCUCAACAAAGAAAGUUAUCAGUGAUGAGGGUCCAGAAGAGUUACUAAUUUCGAAAGAUGAUGCCAUCAGCAACAAGAUUCUAUUCAAGAUGGAUAAAACUAAUAUUGAAGAAAAGAAGAGCAACUUGUCACAGUUAGUGAUUAACAAGCCAUCUUGUAACUGUUCACCAGUUGCUGAAUUUAAUCCAUUAAAUGAUCUUCUAAUGAGCUUAGUUAAAGAGAAAUUAAACAGUGAUGAUUCAAAGAAUGAAGUUAAAAAAGAUCAGUUGGAUUUAGUUGAUAACGAAGUGCCUAACAACCAAACAAAAUGCUACUUGCCGUCUACCAAAAAUUUACCGCCAGGUCAGCUCAAAUGCAAUAAUAUACUAAAAGCUCGAGAAAGUGAAGUUAAAAUUAUCAACGAAUCAACAAAUAUUAAUUUAUCGAUUCCGUCUACACCGUCGCCGAAAAUCUUAAAUGAAACAAACCCAAACAAUUCCCAAUACGUUUCUAUAGUCGUGGUUGAACCUCCACGGACGCAAACAAAAAUGGCAUCUCCGAAACCUGUUGAGAGAAAUGAAGGUUUAGUUCCUAAAUCUCAACCGAUUUCAUCUCUUUCGCCUUGGCUCGUUACAUCAGAACCCAGCUCCCCAUCUGGCAUAGGAGAAAAAGAAAUUACAAUAAUCCACCACUCCUAUCACGGAGAGUAUUACUUAAAGGAAGUUUCUAAAGUCUUGUUGAGAAAUGCAGCUGUAUCUUCUAAGCAGUCGUCACAAACCAUUAUAGGAGAACACGUGGAGCAUUUAUCACUUCUACCUCCAGAACAACCAUAUGAAAUCAUAGGUACCGUUGUGAACCCCAAGGUCAAGUCUUUGGAUAGCGUCGCCCGGAUUGUUCCAACAGCCGAUUGUUUGCCUCAAAUGCUUACAUGUGGGACGGUUAUCUUUGAUAUAAGCUAUAGCAGAGACGAAUUGAAAAUUGCUAUGGAUUAUUUGAAAUUGUUAAAAGAGCUUUUUGAAAAGCAAGCACAAGAUAAUCCAGAAUACGACGGAGACGCAGGCGACUCUAAAAAACGUUACCUGAUUCUUAUAUCGACCGUAAUGACAUGGGCCGUUACUAAGCCAUUAGACCCGGAUACCCCAGAUAUGCCUUUCAUCGAGACGGAUUUUCGUAAAAGAAAGCCACACCCAAACUACAAAAUGCAUUAUGAUGUCGAAAACGAGGUUAUCGGUAUUGCUAGGAAGUAUAGAUCACAAAUCAGGAUAGUUUACAAUUUGGUGCUUGACUUUCCAAAGAAACUCUACAUACUUGCAGUGGAGCAAAAUGUUACAAAACAAAGAGAGAUCAUAAAACCUUUAGGGCGACUUGUGGGCUCUGGAAUGUUCAAAUGCAUACCGCCAGAAGAUACUUUCUUGAUUCCGGAAAUUGAUCAAAGAAUUUUCGAUUUGAUGACCUUGAAUCUUAACAUGGAACCCACCUUUAUUGUCGAAACGAUGGCACUACAAUGGGUCUCGGAAUUGACUUUUUCAGAAAACAUUUCCGCUCUUAUAAACCAAUUUAAGAAAGAAAACGGAUUAAAACCUUUUAAGGUUCUUAUCUACGGCCCUCCAAUUGUAGGCAAGACGACGUUGUCAAAGCUCCUUUGCGAGGCCUACGGUCUUCUUUAUAUAUCUCCGGAAACAAUUGUGAAUGAUAUGAUAGAAGACUUGUCUUGGCGCGUAAAUUAUUGGGAGAGGGGUGAAACAACUGAUUUGCCUAUGCUGAAUGGCGAAGAAGAUGAUGGGGCCUCUGAUGUCGACGAUACCGACGAAAAGGAAGGCAUGCAAGAGAACGCCAAACAAAACCUUGCUUUAUUAAAAUCAGGACGACCGCUAGGCGAAGACGAAAUAUUAGGAUAUAUACGCCAAAGACUUUUAUGUCGAGAAGCCUUAAACAAAGGAUGGGUGCUAGAUGGUUUCCCAACAAACCUGACACAAUGUUCUGUGUUAUUUGAGAAAGGAGAAGAACAAGAUUCAGAUGCAGGCUUAGAAAACGAUGAAGAACCAUUUGAUGAAGAUGUCGAUCUCUAUAGUAAUGUGCUGAAAAAAAUGUUACCGGAUAUUAUUGUAUCAUUGGAUGCUACGGAUGAUUUUGUUUGCGAGAAAGCCAUGCGUCAACCCGAAGAUGAUUUUCGAUUUGACGAAGAAAUGGUGUUGAAGCGUCUAAGUGAAUUUAGAGCAGGCGAUGCGCGUGAUGUCACUCCUCUCAACUUUUUUGAUGAGCUUGAUCUCCAUCCGUUAGUGGUGCCGGUUAAGGAGCACAUAGAUUAUGCUAUGAAAGGUGCCUAUGCAGCUGUUGCUCUGCGAAUGGGAAGACCAUGUCGUUAUGGAAAACUUAUUGCUCAAAUUGAAGCAACAGAAAGAAAAGAGAAAAAAGAAAUGGAAACUCUUCGUUCUAAAGAAGAAAGAGCAAUUAUAGAAUUAGAAGAGAAAAUGAAAGCAGAGCGUGAAGAGAAAAUGGAAUAUUGGUCGGAAUUAUACUCUCUCAUGCGCGAAGAAGAGGAAGCUGCUCUAGCUGCUGCGGGAGAACCUAUGAGGAACUACCUAAUGAACAAUAUCUUUCCAACUUUGACCUCUGGGCUGCUAGAAGUAGCUAAGCUACGUCCAAAAGAUCCCAUUGAUUUUCUAGCCGAAUAUUUAUUUAAGUUGAAUCCAAGUGGAAAAAUGUUGGAGCCAGGUUAUAAUCUCCAAGCUGAAAAACUGUUAGGAAAAAUCAAAAUACUCGAUGAUGCACUUAAAGACUUGGAUAUUAAAAUAGAUCCAUUAUUACCACGUGACGUCGAAUUUGGCGAUUCUUCUACAUCCAAAAAGAAAUUCAAUGAAAUGAGUGCUUUGUAAACUUCGGAAUAGUAGUAGAUAAAAAACAUCUUCAUGAUUUAUUUAUUUAUUUAUAUCUUCAUGAUUGUAUUAAACAGUUUGAAAGACAAAUGGCCUUCUUUUGUUAAUGGUCAAUUAUGCGGUCGAUAGCUCUGAUGUUAUCUACUUUGCGUGAUACCGUGGAUAUCGACCAUCUGAAACGUAAAAACUGGGUUGCGGAACAACCAAUUCUAAAAGAUAAACCGUCCAAAGAUGGACCAUUGUCUUUAUUCGCAACCAGUCUAAGGCAUCAAACAACAGAAUUUUUCAACAAUUCCACGUUGCAUGGU